CUUUUCCCAAAGGCAACGAUCUCUGGUCACCUUUGUGACCAUGGCUGUGGGCACCGAGGGGGUCGACAAUCCCUUCCACGUCUUAAUCAGCGAAGCACAACAUGACCCUACUGAACUACAGCGGCUCUACGAGAUCCACCGCGUGAACCGCAACAGCCAGCAGCGGGGGAAAAUCCUCUCAGAAAGCUUCCCUGGAUGGUCUGUAGAUACCAUCCUGUCACGGCUCGAGGGACCUGACAAGGAAGACGGCUUUGUCGAUCCUCGCAAUUGUUUGGUUAUAUGGGCCCGCCCACCGCCUGCUGUGCGCGAGGUAAUACGGUUUGUCCAGGACGAGUUAAAGAGCGUGGCUCCUGCCCUUUGGCUCAUGCCCCUCGAGAACCUACACACAACCGUCCUGGAGGUCGCGCACUCUCGCACAGAAGAGGAAAUCGAGGCCCUCGUGAAAACCCUGCACUCAUCGACGGACGUCCACCCGUCCCAGAUUGCGUCGUAUCCGGUAACCCAUCCAACCCGUCUUGUCAAGCCGAUGGUGAGCUUUGAUUCCGCGGCCUUGGCGCUGAGCUUCGUCCCGGCCGCUGGUGAGACUUCGCAAGGGCAGGAGCCGGAGCUACAGUCGAGAACGGAACCUGCUGCGAGUAACCCUGACCAAUACACCUACCACCAUCUCCGUGGAGAUAUCUGGGAUCUGGUGCGGCGAGCCGAUAUCCCCGUGGCAUCGCGCUAUGUUGUGCCCUCGGCGCAUGUGACAAUUGCACGGUUUAUUUCGCAAACUGGGUUCGCGGUGGGGGAUAAUGAGAAUGAUGCUGUAAAGGUUGAUCGGUCCCAGGUGGAAACUUUUAUUGAUAAAAUUGCCGAAAUCAAUCGCAAGCUCGAAGCAGACUAUUGGCCUCGAGAUGGUGCGGUACCAGCGGGCGGCGAGUGGGUUGUUGGGCGCGAGGGGCUGGUUCUUCGCAGGGGUCGCGUGUGGUACGGGGGAGGCGAGGAUGUUUUAUUUGAGUAGACUUCUUUGAUGUUGUUAUAGGGGGUUUGUCUAAAUAGAAAUAGUAUCGUUAUAUAAGCUCACGGGAGGAAGACAGUCAGAUGAAUGCCUGCUAUUUAUGCCCUACGAAUAGUCUUUCGCAUGAGUGUACUUCUGCAGCCGCGCCCUCCAUUUAACUUCUUU